AUGGCUUCGUAUGACUCCGACUCCUCUGAUGGAGAGUUCACAGAGACAAACGUCCUGCUCGGCUACGCUUCCACAGAUGCCGAAGACGAGACCAUCAGCAGAUUGGGCGGCACGCCUGAAUGGCUAGAUGCCGACAAGCCACCCUCUGCAGCUCUUGCUCGCUGCAAAGCCUGCAACGAUCUCAUGGUUCUGCUCCUGCAACUGAAUACCGAAUUGCCAGAAAAAUUCCCCGGUCACGACAGGCGUCUGUAUGUCUUUGUGUGCAGGAGGGAGACUUGUCGUCGCAAAGCUGGCAGCAUCCGAGCUCUGCGAGGUGUCAGGAUAUGGGACAAAGACGUUCUCGCCACGACGAGCAUCCAUGCUGCGCCCAAAGAGGAAGAGCUGGAGCCUAAGAGCCAAGGUGCAGCCCUGGGUGAUGCUCUCUUCGGAAAGGGCCCUGGUGGUAGCUCAUCUUCUGGAGGCAAUCUUUUUUCUGGCAACGCAAACCCGUUCAGUACCGGCAGUGGCACCAGCAUGACCAAUCCGUUUAGUACCUCGUCUGCACAGAGCCCUCUCAGCUCGCAACCACAGCAAGACCCGCCCGCCCAUGCUGAACCCAAGGAGAAACCAGCGACUUCCCCUGGAUUGAGCAAGACCUUUGCAGAAACAUUGUCGCUCGACACGACUUCCGCGAAGCCUCCGCAACCAUAUGAACCGUGGCCAGACGCUUUGUCUCGGCCCAAACCGUACCCAACUUUAUACCUCGCCGAAGCCGAUUACGAAACUCUUGAGCCGACGUCGGCGAAAAUACCUGCAAAUGCUCGGAUCGAGGAGGCGGAUGCCCCAGAAACGGUGUCAAGCCUGGACAAGGAAGCGUUUGAAUCAUCCAUGGACGCCACGUUUCAAAAGUUUGCGGAUCGUCUCGCGCAGAAUCCCGACCAGGUGAUCCGCUACGAGUUUGGCGGCACACCCUUGCUGUAUUCGAAAACAGAUGUCGUUGGAGAAAUGCUCAGCAGAGGGUCGAUACCUGGAUGCCCCAACUGCGGUGGGAGGAGAACGUUUGAAGUUCAGCUCACGCCAAAUGCUAUCGCGGUGCUAGAGGCUGACGACUUGGGCUUGGAGGGAAUGGAAUGGGGAACGAUUGUUGUUGGCGUGUGCGACAAGGAUUGCGCACCUAGACAUGUUGAAAAGGACGAGCCUGGGUAUCUGGAAGAGUGGGCUGGCGUGCAAUGGGAAGAGCUUGCAAAGCAGAAUUGA